AUGUAUGGGAAGAUGAGUCUGGCGAAGUGUGCGGUAGCGAUGCUUUUCCUUGGGCUCACCUCUGCUUCGGAAGUCAUCAGCGACCUCGUCGCACCCGAAGCCGACCAGCAACGCGCCCUCCGGCUGCGUGGCGAGAGCUUCUGGACAGCCUUGGCGAAGGUGGCAGAGGAUAUGCGGCUCCUCCGGCAUGCGCAGCUCUACGAGGAGGUGGAGCAGGCCUUGCCGAGUUUGGGUGCCAAUCACCCUGUGGCCGAGGCUCUGUCGGAGUCACUUCAGCGGCUGAAGCGAGCUGAUGCUGCUGUGCUGGCACAGGGCCUCCGAUCUUCGAGCUUGAUUUCGGAUGCACUUGCCACCCCCGGGGAGCUUCCUGGGGGCUUGUCCUGGUUGGCCAACGGACCAAGCUGGCUUGGCAAGGCUCUGGCAAGCCUCGUGGAGGGGCGGCAGUACGAGGAUCGGCUUGGCGAGGAGGUACAACAGCGACAGCAGGCUUUGCUGCCAGCAUUGCAAUCUGCAGCCUCGGUCACGGCGGAUGUGCUGAAGGAAACUCGCCUUGCUUCAUCCCGAGCCUUCGACGCGCUGAAGUACGACAUCUACACUCCGGGUGCUGCCAAGACUCCGGAGUCUGCGAAGCGUGCAGCAAACGCCUUGGUGGAGGCUGCCUCGGAGACGCGGCGGUGCUUCACACAGUUCAUCAGCGGCAUGGCGCAGAGUCUGGCGGCAGAUGUCCAGAGCAGGAGUAUCCCUGCUGCCACAUCCCUGGCCUCUGCGGAUCUACCCGCAGUGGAGUCAGCUACCCCCACUGGCAACAUCAUCUUCCCCGCCUGA